GUUCAAGACAACGACGAUACGCCAAAGCGCUCAGCUGCAUCCAUCUCGAUCGCUUACCUGCGAGCGGCUGCAGAGAAGAAGAAGGCGCGCGAUCGAGAGUUCGCCCGAGAGCUUUUCCGUGAGGAGAACGAAUUCAAGAAGAAGAUUUCAGUCAAGAUUGACCAGGCGAACAAGAUGAUGGCCGCAAUCGGAAGCACCAAGUCGUUCGGACCAGCUCCGGAUAGAGAUGGCAUCCACAUGAUCAAGGUCAUGGACCCUGUGGGCGGCGACCGCGUCAUUUCUGUGGAGAUUUUUCAUAUCCUCUCCCUAUUCAUUGCAUGCACCGCCUUCAUUCAUGUCCACCCACCCAAGAUCAAACCUGCCGACCGCUCCCAGGUGCAAGAAGAGCUGCGCAGCGUACUGGAAGGCACCAUCGAGCUCACGAAAGUUCUGCAAGAGCAGCUCCACGAGCUCAAACUCAAGGGCUGGAACGUUACGCCACGCUCGUGA